UCUAAUGAUAGGGUAGAAUUUUCAGGAUUAGCUAGAGAAUACAAUCCAGUUAAUUUGGGGCAGGGUUUCCCGGAUCUUCCUGUUCCUAACUUUCUAAAAGAAGCGAUGAUAACAGCGGUUACAAGUAAUGACGUCUUGCAUCAAUAUACAAGAGGACCAGGUCAUCCUAGGCUUAUUAACGCUCUUACAGAAUUGUACGAGCCUUUGCAUCGCCGUAAAAUUAACUCCGAUACCGAUAUUUUAGUAACAGUUGGUGGCUAUGGAUCUUUAUAUUGUAGCAUUAUGGGUCUUAUUAACCCAGGAGACGAGGUAAUUGUUAUCGAACCUUUCUUCGAUUGUUAUGUCCCUUUUAUUAAAAUUGCUGGCGGAAAACCUAUUUGCAUUCCAUUAAGAACAAGAAAAAAUGCUACAACUUCGGCUGAUUUUUAUUUGGAUGAACAAGAAUUAAGGAGUGCAUUCAGUGAUAAAACCAAAUGUAUCAUCAUCAAUACUCCUCAUAAUCCUACUGGAAAGGUUUUUUCAUUGCAAGAGCUAGAAGUAAUUGCUGAACUUUGUAUUAAAAACAACACCAUAUGCAUUAGUGAUGAAGUUUAUGAGUGGCUAGUUUAUCCUGGAAUAAGUCAUAUUCGAAUAGCGACGUUACCUGAAAUGAAUGAUCGAACUGUUACUAUUGGUAGUGCUGGGAAAGCUUUUAGUGUAACUGGUUGGAAGACUGGCUGGUCUAUUGGCCCACCACAUUUAAUGAAGCAUCUCCAUGCAGCCCAUACGAAUAGCAUUUAUACUUGCCAAACAGUGACGCAGGAGGCUGUUGCUAUUGCUUUAGAAAAUGAAAUCAAAAAUCGAGAUAGUGAAGACUCUUACCUAAAUAAUCUUCCUAAGAUACUAGAAAGUAAACGAAAUCAAAUGGUUCGCUUUUUAAGUGAAGCUGACAUUACACCUAUAGUUCCGGAAGGUGGAUAUUUUAUGAUGGCUGACGUAUCGAAGCUCGGCAUUGAAUUUGACGAUGACGAUGAUAAAUCAUUAUACGAUUAUAAAUUUUCUCGUUGGCUUAUCAAGAAAAAGGGUAUUGCUUGUAUUCCACCGAGUGCAUUUUAUUCAGAAGAAAAUAAAGCCCUUUCUGGAAGACUUAUCCGUUUCUGUUUUAUUAAGGUAAAUUUUUCUUACAUUACUCUAUACUAA